ACCGCCUUUGUGCCCUGGGAUGGGCACCGCAGCGGCAACCCUGUGCGCUUCCACAGCGUGCCUGCCUUCGCUGCUGCCACCGAUUUGGCCAUUGAUGUCCCUGGUCACGGGAAGGUGGUGGUUGACAUUGGCUAUGGUGGCACUUUCUAUGCCUUCCUCAGUGCCGAGCAGCUGGGCCUUGAUGCGAGCUUGUCAAAGACCAGAGACCUCGUCAGUGCAGCGAGUGCAGUGACUGAAGCAGUGAAGAAACAGUUCAAGCUUCAUCACCCUGAAAGUGAAGACCUGGCUUUCCUCUACGGCACCAUACUGACAGAUGGGAAAGAUGACUUUAGCGAGGAGCCCACCACCAACAUCUGUGUGUUUGCAGAUGAACAGGUUGACCGAAGUCCAACAGGUUCAGGAGUGACAGCUCGCAUUGCCUUGCAGUACCAUAAGGGACUCAUCCAGCUGAAUCAGACCAGAACCUUCCGGAGCAGCACCACAGGGUCAUUGUUCACUGGGAAGGCAGUAAAGGAAGCCAAGUUUGGGGAUUACAAUGCUGUCAUUGUGGAAGUCUCGGGAGAAGCCUAUUACACUGGCACAGCCACCUUCACUGUGGAAGAGGAGGACCCGCUGAAGCAUGGCUUCUUCUUCAAGUGA